UGGCAGUGCGCCCACGUAUCGCGUUUCAGUCUACGUUGGACUUUAGCGCGCGUCGCACACACACUGCGUAUACGUAACGGCGGACUCCGCACCGAACUGAGGCCUCCGUCCGAGUGACGCCGCCGUGCUCCGAUCACUUGGCGUUCUGGGCCGGUCGCUCUUCGAUUUUUCCGCUCGAGCCUCGAAGAGAAAAGUCGGCGGAAAAGUGCCUCACUCUCGGGAACCGUUGUAAACUGCUUUGUGUGGGCACUAGAAUUUCAAAUUUAACGGCUUUUCGUGGUGGAAAAAUAAUUGGGGAAUUUUCAAAUACAAAGGCGAGGCUUAUAAUUACGUCAAAUUUUAAUAGAAACCUGGCGCAGUGAAAGUAUUUGAUACGUGCAAAUCAAAAACUUAAAACAACGGCAAUUUCAUCUGUAUUGCUUAAGUGGAAAAUCAAAUACGACCAAUAAUAUUAACAGGCUUACACCUAUGAUAAGGACGACAAUAAGAAAACUGCAAGUGUGGCGAAAAUUGAUUCGAACAUAAAUAAAGGGCAGCCAAGCGUGGCCAGACAAGGACAACAGAAGCAAGGGAAGCCGAAGGAUUUGUGAUUGGCCGAAACGGCAAAAAUCAAUAAAAGCGCCACAUGUAAGAGGACACCGGGCACAAGCGACAUGGUGGCCAAUCGGCAGGGCAUGGGGCUCACGACUCCUAGCCUCCAGUUGCCGCGGUGGAAUAAGUAACGAGUGGUCCCAGGGAGUAACAUGUCGGAUCGAUAUCCAGCCAGCUUCUACGAUCAGCAUCAUCAGCAUAGUCAGCACCAUCCGCCAUAUCAUCCGCAUCCGACGAUGUCGCACUAUCCGCCGCAGCCCUACAGAUCGGGCUACACCGGCUACCAUCCCUAUGGCUAUGGAUAUGGGUCUUCUGCAGGUGCUUCUUACAUGCCCAACUACUACCGGUACGCUCCGUACGCCUCGCCGCACUAUAGCCAGCACCAUCAGGCGAUGUUCAUGCCGGCUGGCCAGCAAAUAAUCCCCUCCAGCGUGCUGCACUAUCCGCCCAGACCGCAUCCCUACCAGCAGCUACCGCCGCAGCAGCAGCAAUCCCAGCCUGGCUACGAGCCACCAGCCCCCUUGCCAUACAGUUCUUCCGCUUCAUACCAAUCCCGUGGCUUCGGCGGCUUUGCGGGCCCAACGCCCCACUAUGCGCCACCUGGUAGGUCCUCCACGCCAGCUCCAAAUCGCACUGUGCUGCCACCCAGCUAUCUGGAACCGCUGCGCAGCUACAGCGCCGAGCAGCAACACCACAGUCAGCAGCAGCAUUUGAGCCAACAGCAGCUGCAACAUCACCCGCUGCCUGGAACCCCAAAGCUCGAGGAUCCGGAUGUCGAAGUGGAGGCGGUUGCCGAGUCACCCGCUCAGCGGCUGACCACUUCGCCGCCCAUGAUCAGUGCCACCGGAACGGACAGCGGCAUCAGCAAUUGCAGCACGCGGGCCAGGAGCGACAGUAGCCAGAGCACGCCCGUCUACAGUGGAGACUAUCCGGUUAACAUGUCCGUGGAGUCCGCCUCCUGUGUGCCCUAUCACUGUCCGGCGGAUGCGCGGGACUACGAGGAGGAGGAGCACCAGCCCCCGGUGACGUCGGAAGCGAGAAGGGUGGACACUCCGCUCGAUAUUACCGAUGACAUAAGCGCCACGUCGCCAGUGGCCGCUGAUAAGGUGAAGCCCACAGCGCCCACUCCAUCGGAAGUUGUCAAGCGUGCGGAAACUAAUUUGCAGCCGGACUCAUCAGCAACCUCGGAUGCGCCGACGACGCCGCAGGAUACUAGUGGUGAUCCAAUAAUCGAGGCGGCCGACGAGAGGCCAGGACAUGCGCGACAGCAGCCACAUCCUGUGACGAACAACUGGAGUCCAAAGCCGCGGCGCCCGCGCACUCCGCCGGCACCACAGAACUCGCCCAUUGGUUUUGCCCAAAAUGCGAGUGUGCCACCCGCCUUGGCUCACCUGCUGCAGCAGCAGCAGCAGCAACAGCAGCAGCAGCAACAUCAGCAGCAGGCUAGCAACCUCAAGCGAUGCGCCACAUCUGGAAAGAAUCGCAGCAGCAACAAUCGCAUCAUCGAGUGCGAUCUCAUUCCGAGCAAGAAAUCAAAACGGAAGUCGGCCAAAAAGGAAGUGGGGGAGAGCGAGAAUAUGGAGGCUGUGGAGCCGAUUGUUAGGGAACAAAUUAGGGACAUCAAGCCUUUACCGGGAUUCCUGCAGGCCUUUGGCUCCACCGGAAUAGGUCGCUUCUCCGAGCGUUUCCUGCAAACACCGGAAUCCCUAGUGGAGCGAUUAGCAGAGGAAUAUGCAGGCAGUGCACCCAACAACUGUCCAUCUUACCCAGCUGGCGGCUACAUCGAGUCCCCGUCCCCGGCCAUGGCCACACACAACUACUAUCCGUAUGAGGAGCAGAUUCAAGGCGGCUAUCCAAGGAACCGAAUGCGAGACUUCGGCUACGAGGUACCGGACUACAUGGCGUAUGAGCGAUACGCGGCUUAUGGAGCCGGAAGACCAAGAGCUCGCUACGGGGAAAUCCGCUGCAACGGCUAUUAGAUACGGUCCACCGAUAUCGAGCGGAUCACAAAUAGAUUAGGGUUAGUGUUGUUGUAGUCGUUGUCGUUCGAUAUUCUCUGUGUGUGCCUUUUUCGGUCAAAAUUAGGAAAUGUAUCCCCCUAAGAGUUGUUGUUGAGGGGGGCAUUGUUAGCAAUGAGUGCGGUCAAAAUUUAUCACAAGAAAUAUAGAAAACGUAGAAAAACCAAAGGAAACAAGAAGCCAAAAUAUUGUUAGCAACACCAUAUACAUGUACAUGAAUAUUUAAUUAAGUAGUUCAAGGUAUUUUAAAUCGAAUGUGUUUUAAAUCGAUCCAGAAUGUAAGCCGAAAUCUUGUCCCACUGUACAUAAGAAUGCAUUUCGUAUAUGUAACUCUAGGUUUAGUCAAACAUUUGGUAAUUGGAUCUAAAAGUUUUCAAGGCCUCCAGGAGUUCGGGAACAUUUGUUCUCAACUUCUACGUGAAAGUAAUUAACAUUCAAAAAUCGCAUAGAGAACCGUUUCCGAUUGGAAACCUUUGUUUUGAGGGUUCAAAAUUCGGAUAUCACCCCAAAAAUAAGUAAAGUAAAACAGAGCGAAAAAUCGUACAUAUAGCAAAUAGAUGUGCCAUUGAAAAAUAUAUUUAAUUGAAAACACCAUAAUUUAGGAAUUUAUGUACAAUACAAAUACAAAUUAAAGAUUAGCUACGGUAAUCUAAAGCCAGAUAGUUAAUGUUAAAGCAAUGCAGUUCAUUUUAGUCUAGGGCACUGACGCACACAUACACAAAAACACUCACACACGGAUACAUUUACACCCAUAUAGAGACACACUCGAACCACCGCACUAAUUUGUACUUGGAAAAAUUGAUUUGUUUUCUACCGAUUUACUAACAACUUAUUAAUUUUCUAAUCGAUUUCAUUGUUGUAUUAAGUGCCUUAAUUUACUUUAAUUGAUUUCCAAUAUCUGGCGUAAACAAAGAAACGUAACGAAUUUGUAUGAUUUACUUGUAGAGAAACAACCAAGUUCAGGUUUCAAAGGGGCCCAACAAAAUUUCAAAUGCAAAUCGAACAAAUCAAUGAAGAGAAAAACAACCGAACUACCAAAAACGGAAAUAAAAUCCAAACACAUCGAGCGACAUUCAAAAAUGUUUUAUAGUUAUUAAAGAAACUAGGUCAUAUGUAAA